UUGGCGGGCAAUCACAGUUCCUGUUUACACUGGUUUCGCGCCAAAUUUCUCUCACGCUGCGCUUUCACCGUUUUUGCACCAGGUACGCGUAAAGCAUGGAAGAUGAUUCUGACUCGUUCGUCAAAAACAGAGCGAAGCGCCAGAGGCCCGAUAAAGCAGGCAGGUUUGCCGCGCUCGAGAGACUCAAGCAAGUCAAGCAAGGAACUCGGAGCAAAUAUGAACUCAAAGAAGAAACUUCAGUUUAUGAUGAAGUGGAUGAGAACGAAUAUUCCCGUCUCGUACAAGAACGUCAAGAGAAAGACUGGAUCAUUGAUGACGACGGAACUGGUUACGUAGAAGAUGGGAGAGAAAUUUUUGACGAUGACGUUGAAGAAGCGGCGUAUGAUGCUCCCAAGAAAGCCAAAGCGGCCACCAAGAACGCCUACCGGCCUCCAAAUGCGAAAAAACCAGGAGAAAAGGCUGGCACCAUUGCAGCUAUGUUCAGUGCGCAACAGCCAAAGAAGAAAACAGAGAAAAACAUUACCGUGAAUGAUGAUGAGCUUAUCAACAGCAUUUUUAAUUCUGUGACAAGCACAAGUAGUAUGGAAACUUCACCAGCGGCCCAUUCCUUCCGGCCAAAAGAUAAGGUUGUACAGCAACCCUCACUAUCAAGGUCACCACUCAACCCAUUCGCCAAGGAUAAACCCAAGAGCCAGCCUUUGAGGGAAUCCAUGAAGCCACGUGCCAUCAAUUAUGAGAAUGCCAACACCAGCAGCUACACGGAACUAAAGAAACCCCGUGUCAAGGAGGAGCCAGUCGAUAUAGAUGAGUUUUACAGUGAAGAUGUCAUGCAGGACAGCCCACACAUUGAUGAGGAUUCCCCUGCUGAUGCAGCAGUCAAGCAUGAAGGCUAUCCAACUGAGGAAGACUUGUCAUGUUUUGCUGAUGAAGGGGAUGACGACUUCCGGGCAGAAUUUGAAAGUGAAGCUGUCAAGACAGAAACCAAAGUUAGCCUCAAAGAAGAGGCUAAGAUUACCAUCAAGCAAGAUGCAGCGAAGGAGGUUAAGAAUAGCUUCCCUCAGUGGAAUGGUCUGCAUGAAAGUGAAGUUGUGCCAACUGCUGAGGUUUGCCUGGAUGGUUUACCUGUAGUACAAAAUGAAGAGGGUGAAAGUGUAGUGCAGUUCUUCUGGCUGGAUGCUUUUGAGGACUACUUCAAAAAUCCAGGCACAGUUCACAUGUUUGGAAAAGUUAGAAUUCCGGAUUCCAAAGCACAUGUCAGCUGUUGUGUCACCGUUCGAAACAUUCCUAGAAGAUUGUUCUUGUUACCCAAAGAAUCAGCAUCUGAUGACGCAGAAGAAAUGGCAGUCAUGAAAACAGUCUACAAUGAAUUCACUCAAAUUGCCGAGAGGCAUCGAAUUGAAGAGUUCAAGACCAAGGUUACCACGAAGCUUUAUGCUUUCGGAAAAAAGGGUGUUCCUGCGGAAGCCAGGUACUUGGAGAUCCUGUAUCCUGCUCACUAUCCUGCACUGCCAAGUGACUUGAGUGGGAAGUCCUUUAGUGCUGCUUUUGGAAUGAACACAUCAAGCCUGGAAGCUUUACUGAUCAACCAAAAGCUAAAAGGGCCUUGCUGGCUUGAGCUCAAGAAUCCAGUACCUCCAAGUGUUCCAGUCAGCUGGUGCAAGGUAGAGGUUGUGCUAAACAAGCCAGAGAAUGUUGUUGUUUCUAAAGCAGAGGCUCCACCACCCCUUGUUGCAGCAACCCUGAGUCUGCGAACCGUCCACAACCCAGUCACAAGUCAGAAUGAGGUUGUUGCUGUGUCAGUGCUGGCUCAUCAUGCUUUCCCCAUUGACAAGCAGGCACCCCAGCCUCCUUAUCAGACUCAUUUCUGCGCCCUCAGCAAGCCAUCUGGCACAAUUUUCCCAUACCGUUUUAUGAAUGAAGUGGCCAACUUCAAGAACACCUCUCUGGAAGUGAUGGACUCUGAACGUUCUUUGCUGACUUUCCUCAUUGCAAAGCUCCAGAGGUUGGACCCUGACAUCUUAAUUGGCCAUGACAUUCAGAGCUUUGACCUGGACGUAUUGCUUCAUCGCAUGCUUACGCUCAAGAUUUCAAACUGGUCCCGCCUUGGGCGGUUGAAGCGAGGAAAUGCUGGUGCCCUGGGCAAGACAGCUGACAAGCAGAUUACACCUGGUCGCCUUGUGUGUGAUGCCAAAGUGUCUGCCAGAGAGCUGGUGCAAUGCAAAAGCUACGACUUGUCUGAGUUGGCCAGGACAUUGCUACAUAAGGAAUAUGUGCCGCUCACUGCAGAGCAAGUCCUGGACAUGUACAGAGAUUCUGGCCAGUUGUUGAAACUUGUGGAGCUGACCAUGAUGGAUGCCGACUGCUGCCUGCGUGUCGUCAGUGAGCUGAAUGCAAUUCCUUUGGCAUUACAAAUAACAAACAUUGCUGGAAAUGUCAUGUCCAGGACAUUACUGGGAGGCCGAUCACAAAGAAAUGAAUACCUUCUGCUGCACGCGUUCAGCGAUCGCAACUACAUAUGCCCUGACAAGGUCUUCAAAAAACAAGGUCCUAAGACACAUACCCAUGAGGAAGACGAGGAGGAAGCUGAACAUACAACUGCUAGCAAGAAAUCUAAAAAAGGUCCUUCCUAUGCUGGUGGCCUGGUGCUUGAACCAAAGAAAGGUUUUUAUGACUCGUUCAUUCUGCUGAUGGACUUCAACAGUCUGUACCCAUCGAUCAUUCAAGAGUACAACAUUUGCUUCACAACAGUUAGCGUUUCUGGCAGUGAUGAGUCAAAGGAUGAAGAUUACAUUCCUAAACUGCCCAGCCCUACUUUGGAGCAGGGCAUACUACCUUCUGAAAUUCGAAAACUUGUUGAGAGAAGAAGGCAAGUCAAGUCAUUAAUGAAGGGUGCUGAGGGUGACUCCGAGUUAUACCAGCAGUAUGACAUCAGGCAGAAGGCAUUAAAGUUGACAGCCAACAGCAUGUAUGGAUGUCUGGGGUUCUCAAACUCUCGUUUUUAUGCAAAGCCUCUGGCAGCGCUCAUCACAAGCAGAGGCAGAGAGAUCCUGAUGCAGUCCAAAGAACUUGUUGAAAAGAUGGGCUUUGAAGUCAUCUAUGGAGACACUGAUUCUAUCAUGAUCAACACCAACUCCAGAGACUUCAAAGAGGUCACAAAAAUGGGAAACAAGAUCAAGGCAGAAAUAAAUAGGUUCUACAAGCAGCUCGAGAUUGACAUUGAUGGCAUCUUCAAGUCGAUGUUGCUUUUGAAGAAGAAAAAGUAUGCGGCAGUGUGUGUCACAUUUGGACCCAACAACCAGCCCGUUGAAAGCAAGCAGCUGAAGGGAUUGGAUGUGGUGCGACGUGAUUGGUCAGAAGUAGCCAGAAAGACCGGCCAAUUUGUCAUCGACCAAAUCUUGUCAGAGAGCUUGCGUGAAGAAAUCAUAGAUAGGAUAAACACUUUCCUAAUGCAUCUUGCUACCAAGAUCCAAGAGAACUCACUUCCACAGUCUGAUUACUGCAUCACAAAGCAACUCACCAAAAACCCCGAGGACUACCCAGACAAGAAAAACUUGUGCCAUGUUCAAGUUGCUCUGCGGCUCAACAGCAAAGGCGGCAAGAAGCUGCGUCAUGGUGACACUGUCACCUACAUCAUAUGCAAUGAUGGAAGCCAACUGCCUGCCUCACAGAGGGCUUACCAUCCAGAAGAGUUGAAGACAAAUGAAAACCUUUCAAUUGAUAAGCACUACUACUUAUCUCAACAAAUCCAUCCAGUUGUGGCCCGGAUAUGUGCUCCCAUUGAGGGAACAGAUGCUGCCAUGAUUGCAGAAGUCCUUGGCUUGGACCCACACCAGUACCGGAAUUACAGCUACAACAGAGACGACGAUCCCAGUGCCAAACUGAGCAUGGCUAAGACACUAAACCUGAGCGAUUACAAGGACUGCCAGAGGAUCAGCUUCUGCUGCCCUGUUGAUAAUUGCAGUUCCACAAUCACUGUGGAACACAUUUUUGAAGGAACUGGAAAGAACCUUAAAUUUAGUCUUGCAUCAUGUCCUGGUUGCAAGAUUGACUUGUCCAGCUACCUCAAUGCUCUUUGCAAUCAAAUGACUUUGGUCAUUCGAUCGUUUAUCCAGAAGUUUUAUUUGGGCUGGCUUGUCUGUGAGGACUCUGCUUGUGGCCACAGAACACGGCAGGUGCCUCAGGUUUUUGGCAAAUCUGGCCCUGUUUGUGCUGCAUGCCAAAGAUCAGCCAUGCUGCCAGAGUACAAAGUUUCCGACCUGUACAGACAGCUGACUUACUUCAGCAAGCUCUUUGAGUUCUCCAGGGCACAAGCAACUCUCUCGGAGAUCGAAAAGAGGAUGCCGUGCGUGACAUGUCCCGAGACGGAGCGGACCUGCCGGCACCUGCAUCAGGUGGCCAAGCGGUACCUGUCGCGCAGUGCCUUCAGCGUCGUCUCUCUGCGGGACUUCUUCCGCGACGCCUUCCGGCCGCUGGACCUGCGCGCCAACGUCGCCGCCAGUGAGGGCGCAUUGCUAGACUAAGGAUACGCCGCCGGGCGUUGUGUACUGACUGGGUGCGACGGUGUCCCACUGGGCGCUGUCCUUGCCAUCUGGUAUACGCAGCGACACAACCACGUGUAGCUGUACUUUAGGCGUCACGCCCGCGCGUCUGAUGCACGCUACGCGAUUCGCAACGCUAUAUGCGCAGUCCACAGUUGCCUUUCACGCGGCGAUCACUUAAGGCAGCAACGCGGGAACGUGUUUGAAUCGUGUUAUGGCUUGCACACUGCGCAGCGUGAAUUGGACGUGGAGUCGCCGUGCCGAAAAUGCGCGUACAAUGUGUGUACUUGCCACUUUCCAGCGAAACUUUUCUCAUUUCGCCACUCAAUGCCUCGUGGUUUGUGCAAAAUUCGCUGCACCGCAUAUAGGCCUCUUCCUUGUACUGGCAGCACAAACUUUCGAAAACGCCGGCGGCCGGCAGCUGGCUGCUGUGGAAAUCGUCCGUGGUUCCGUCAGCCGGGUUCUGCUUGUGAUUUCUUGUAUACGAUGUCAGUGGUGAGCUUCCACAUGAGUUUGGGAACACUUUAAAAAAAAAAGGAGCAAAACGUCUUAUGUGCAUGGUGUUUUUAGUGAAGAAUUUUAAUUGGAUGCAGCAGUUUAGCCACGACAUCCCCGUGUUUAACAUCUUUAUGAACAGGUUCCUUGACUGUGCGUUACGAGACCGCUAGCUUACACAGAAGCUCAUGCACUCCCGAUGUUGCGACGUACGCUCGCACGCUUUACCUGCCUGUGUAAGUCUCUUCGUUUUUGUAAUUGCGAUGCAUUGAGUGUUUUGCUACAGUAUUUUGUUGGGUCUGUAUUUAAAACUGUGCGAUUGAUCUUGUCUGUAUUAACUUCCAGAUGUAUUUGUGUAUGAAGUUUGUUUUAAAGAAUGUGUUUAAACUUUGUGUUCGUGUGUUUUACGUUUUGUUGCCGUUGUUCUAUUUUAGCCGUUCUUUCUUAAUCUGC